AGAGCUGGUAUUUCCAUUCCCUUCUUCUUUUCUUUUCUUUUCGUUCACAGCGAGGAAAGGGAAGAAACGAAAAAGCAUUGAGCUCUGAAAGUCUGAACCACGUACACGAGACAUUACUGUCAUUCCCUUAUCACUUUUAUUCAACGCUUGAACAGUUUUUGAGGAACCUUUUAAUGCUUGAUCUGAGUUAUACAAAGUGGACUGCAAAUUAAGACUGAGAAGCGACAUAGCUAGCGAGAGAGAUCGAUAAUGGAGGAAGCGAAGGGCAAGUCAUGGAUUAUACUCCACAACGCUGUGAUCGUCACCAUGGAUCCUCAAAGCCGAGUCUUUCGCAACGGUGGGAUCGUCAUCGACCACGAUUCAAUCAAAGCCAUCGGUCAGUCAUCAGAUAUUCUUCGCGAUUUCUCUGCUCUCGCUCACCAAAUCAUCGACCUCAACUCCCAAAUCUUACUCCCAGGAUUGAUCAACACGCACGUGCACACCUCUCAGCAACUAGGGAGAGGGAUAGCCGACGAUGUGGAUUUGAUGACAUGGUUGCACGGUCGGAUUUGGCCUUACGAGUCCAACAUGACUGAGGAGGACUCUUAUAUUUCCACUUUGCUUUGUGCUAUCGAACUCAUUCACUCCGGUGUAACGUGCUUUGCUGAAGCUGGGGGGCAGCACGUGUCUGGAAUGGCCAGAGCAGUGGAGUUGCUGGGCUUGCGCGCGUGUUUAGCCCAAUCAACCAUGGAUGCUGGUGAAGGUUUGCCAGCAACAUGGGUGACUAGAACUACAGAUGAAUGCAUCCAGGUUGAAAAUAUCUUUAGCUUUUUCUGUUUUUUUCUUUAUUCAUCUUAUAAUGUUCUUGAAAGUUAUGUAGAUUUUCCUCUGAUUCAAUUUUUUUUUUUCUUAUAUUGUCAAAUGACUCAAAUGUGUUAUGUUUGCAUUACAUUUUUCUUUUUUCUUAUUUUAAGGGCACAGUUGCAAAAGGAGCUCUACAAUAAAUAUCAUAAUACAGCAGAUGGACGGAUCAGAGUGUGGUUUGGGAUUAGGCAAAUUAUGAAUUCAACUGAUCGUUUACUACUUGAAACGAGAGACGCUGCAAGGCAACUGAAAACUGGAAUCCACAUGCAUGUUGCAGAGAUACCCUAUGAGAAUCAACUUGUGAUGGAUACUCGAAAGGCCAAUCAUGGAACAGUUACACACUUGGAGAAGAUAGAGUUUCUCCAAAACAAUCUGCUAGCAGCUCAUACGGUUUGGGUCAACAAUACUGAGAUAGGUUUUCUUUCAAGGGCGGGGGUCAAAGUAUCUCACUGUCCUGCUGCUGCCAUGCGAAUGCUUGGAUUUGCACCUAUUAGGGAGAUGCUUGAUGCUGGCAUUUGUGUCUCCUUGGGAACAGAUGGGGCACCAUCAAAUAAUAGAAUGAGCAUUGUUGAUGAGAUGUACCUGGCAUCUCUUAUUAACAAAGGGCGUGAAGUUUAUGCAAAUGGAACCACUGAUCCUACUGCUCUCCCUGCUGAAACAGUUCUUAGAAUGGUGACAAUAAAUGGUGCAAAAUCAGUACUCUGGGAUGAUGAAAUAGGGUCUCUUGAGGUUGGGAAAAAGGCUGACAUGGUUGUCAUCAAUCCUUCCUUUUGGACAAUGGUUCCCAUCCAUGACUGGAUUUCCAGCCUUGUUUAUUGCAUGCGAACUGAAAAUGUGGUCUCUGUAAUGUGCAAUGGCCAGUGGAUUAUGAAGGACAAGAAGAUUUUGAACAUAAAUGAGGAAGAUGUUAUUUCGAUGGCCCAGCAAGCUUCUAGUGAGCUUUUGAAGAGGGCAGGAAUAAUAAUUCCAAAGAGAAUGAAUAUACUAUGAUUGUUCAAAUGGUCUUGUAAUCACUGGACUUGCGGAAAAAGCUUUCGCAGUUGUAUGAUUUUAUUGUUUGAUACUAUCAUCUGAGACUACCAUAAGCAACUACACUUUUUAAGUCUUUGCACUCAGGCUUUUGUUCCCUAUCUCCUAGUUUGCUCUUGUCAUCUCAAGCAACUUAAUUCAAGAUCAUACUCUUGCACUGUAGUUUGAACGGAUAUUGUCUUCUUUCUUCUUUUUUACCCCUUGGGGUAGUUUUUUAGAUUUUUCAUUCAUCCCUCAAAGUACAUUUCUGUGAAAUUGAUAACAUGUCAUGAGCAAUCAGUCUUCAUUUGUGCCAUGAAGAAUUGCCAAUAUCAUCUCCGAGUUAAUAGCAAACAAAAGACUCCCUAUCAGCUGUCCAGCCAAAAGAAAAACUCCCUAUUAGAAAGCUUGUUAGUCCUUAAGGAACCCCUAUGUAGGGGUUGUGUCCAAGUUUUGUGCAGGUUAUCUUGGAAGGAAGCUGAGAGUUAAUAUGUAUUCUU